GAGUCUAUUUACAAAAUGUCACUCCGGAGCUAGUUUUUAUGUCUUUAUUGCAUUGUUACUAGCACCAAUUUUAAUAAAAACAGAAUAAAAAAAUACUUCUUGUGUUUUCCCAUGAUUUUGCAACCCAAAAAAGCAGUGAUAUCAUUUUAUUAAUGUCAUUUUCAAUGUUUGGACAGUUUAUGAGCAUAGUUUUAAGCCUAGUGCAAACAAACGUGCUUAUUGAAUGUGCAAACAGGAUUCUCUUGUUUCAUGUAGCAAACAGUAAUAACUGAAGAAAAGACAGAUUGCCUUAAUUUAGAGCUUAGAUAAAUGUUGUGAUACUGAUGUAAGAGAGAGAUGCUUAUUUCUUUCUCAGUUCCUAUCAUCCUUGCCAUAAACAAAUGUGACAAACCUGAAGCUGAUCCUGAAAGAGUGAAGAAAGAAUUGCUGGCUCAUGAUGUCGUUUGUGAAGAGUAUGGGGGUGAUGUUCAGGCUGUACAUACAUCUGCACUUAAGGGUGAGAACCUGAUGGCUUUAGCAGAGGCAACUGUUGCUCUAGCAGAGGUGUUGGAACUCAAGGCAGACUCCACAGGCCUAGUAGAGGGAACCAUAAUAGAAUCUCGCACAGAUCAAGGAAGAGGUCCAAUAACCACGGCCAUAAUCCAGAGAGGAACUCUGAGAAAAGGAUGUAUUCUGGUUGCAGGUAAAAGCUGGGCAAAAGUGCGCCUGAUGUUUGAUGAGAAUGGCAAAACAGUAGAUGAAGCCACUCCCAGCAUGCCGGUGGAAAUUGUGGGCUGGAAGGAAGUCCCUUCAGCAGGAGCUGAAAUCCUUGAAGUAGAAUCUGAGCAAAGGGCACGUGAAGUUGUUGACUGGAGAAAGUAUGCUGAACAGCAGGAGAAAAUCAAACAGGAUAUGAAAGUUAUUGAAGCAAAGCAAAAGGAACACAAAGAUGCAUACAAGAAAGAGCGAGAGAGCCUAUCCAAUCUGACCUGGAGACAGAGAAAAGCAGCGUUGUAUAAAACCAACAAACAUCUAAUAGUUAUGAGGUCUAAAGAGAGAGUGGAGAGUGACAGAAAUGUGCUACCUGUAAUUGUUAAAGGUGAUGUGGACGGUUCCACUGAGGCCAUUCUAAACAUUCUGGACAGCUAUAAUGCUGACAAUGAAUGUGAAUUGGAUGUGAUCCAUUUUGGAGUAGGGGAUAUCAGUGAAAAUGACAUAAAUCUUGCUGAAACAUUUAAGGGUGUCAUAUAUGGAUUCAGUGUGAAUGCAAACAAAUCUAUUCAGCAGCUGGCUGCUAAAAAGGGAAUAAAAAUUAAACUUCACAAUAUUAUCUACCAUCUUAUUCAAGACUUGAAAGAUGAGUUGAGCAGCAAAUUGCCCCCGUCUGUGGUAGAACAUAUAAUAGGGGAGGCCUCUGUUCUCGCUACCUUCUGUGUCACAGUAGGAAAAAGCAAGGUUCCAGUGGCUGGCUGCCGAGUACAGAAGGGGCAGUUAGACAGAAAGUUGAAGUUUAAACUAAUUCGUAACAGAGAUGUUAUUUGGAAAGGAUUUUUAACCUCACUGAAGCACCAUAAAGAUGAUGCCCAGGUAAUAAAAACUGGCAUGGAUUGUGGCCUCAGUUUGGAUCAGAACAUAGAGUUCAAUAUUGGAGAUGAAAUCAUCUGCUAUGAAGAAAAGGAAGUUGAGCGGACCAUAUCAUGGGAUCCAGGAUUUUAAAUAAUUUUACUUCACUUGAAUGUGAUGGAGAAAAGACCUUCCAUUAUUCCUGAUCAUAUUUACAGGAAGUUCUUAUUAUUAGAAACACUUAUAAAGGGGUUUAUAUUGUAAGAAUUCUUUGAGCUCUUAACAAGCGUUCUAACAGCUGAUAUUUCAAAAGUAAAAGGAUUUGUUUCAGGGGCUAUGAAUGACAGGGGUGGCUUCCUCAGUUCUGCAGGAUUGUGCCAGCUUUGUAGACCCAUAAGCUCAGAGGACACAGGAAAGCAUGGGAGCCAGUAUGGCAGUGUUAACUCCUUGAGGACAGAAGAGAUAUAUCUGAAACAUGCUAGGAGUCAUUUCUAGCAUGAGUAAAAAGUACCUUUUUAGGAAGGAAAAGAGUAUUUCAGGUCACUGUAAUACUGUUUGUAUUGGUAACAUAGUUUGGUUGAUAGAAAUAAUUCAACUGUUAAAAUAUUAUCUGAAAAGAAUAAAAUGGCUAGACAAACACAGAAGGAACUGUUGGUGUACUGUCACUACAUCCUUUGAGAAAACAAGUGACUUUAUGUGAAAGGUUUGGCCUUCAUUUCAGGAGGUUUCCAGCUCAUCAUCAAGGAUCUACAACCUAUCCUGAAAGACGAUCCCUCGCUCUCACAGAUCUUGGGAGACAGGCCAGUCG